AUGGGCGACGAUGAGUGGAAGAAACGUUUGAACGACUCGGGAUAUAAGAAUUGGCUCAAGGUUUCUCUUGCACUGAUUGAAUCAAAGGAAGCUCUUCAUGACUUCAGUAAAAAUGUGAUUGUCGCCAUUCAUAAUGAUAUUAAAACCAGGCUAGGCUCGGGCACAUGUACUGCGACGUCUGCUUGCAACACAAGAAAAGGCGGUGGUAUCACUGGGAAAGCACCAUCUUGCCCUAGCUGUGCCCAGUGGGUGAUUGAAAUAAAAAAGCAAAGCAACGGGCAGCUACAAUGGAAAAAUACAGACCCAACAAAAUGGCACAACCUUCCUUGGGAAAUUGCGAAGUGCUUCAUGAAUGCCCAGGGUGCAAAAGCCACUGCAGCUGCAAACACAGGGCCUGAUACGACUGACCUGUCUGGAAUGUUGAAUAUUCUUGUUAAUUGUAAAGAAAUCACGCUUAAACAUUUAAAGGAUAAAAAGUUGCCUGAACAUGUUAGAACAGUGAGAAAUGAUCUGAUGCAUUGUGCGACAAUGUCGUUCAGUGAUGCAAAGAUGCAGGGCAUGGUUGAUCAGGUCAUUGCACUUCUUGAAGAUGACAAGGAAUUGAAGCAUUUGAAAGUCAGUAAAGAUAAGGUCAAGUUAAUUAAAUCAUUAAAAGAUAGUAAGUUUGAGCUGAAGCCAAACGAUGAAGACGUAUGCAUAGAGACUGCAUUGGAAAGUCAUGCAUUGGCUGCUGACUCAGGAGAGGAAAUCAAUGAAGACAAUGAGAGCAUGAUGUCAAAGCUUAGGAAAUUAAUCAAAGGAAACAAGGACCUGGAAAAGAAGUUUGAUGAUAAAGUCAACAAGAUUGAUGAAAAGCUUACAAAUAUGAAGCAAGAAUAUGAUGCUGAGAUUUCAAGGGUUGACAUCAGUGUAGGUGAACUCAAAGGAAGAAUAGAAUCCCUUGAGAAACUUGCAAGUGGACAAAGUUUUCCAAGUAGCGAUCCUACAAGUUCAGUACUUGGACAUGAGAUUAAGUCGUUUUACAAGAAUGCUCUACAAAGCUGUGCCCAGAAGAAAAAACUUGACUUACCAAAAUAUAAUACCAAUGAAACCAAAGAGAAGAUGUUUGUCAGCAUAGUUCUUUUUGAUGGAACAGAAUUCAAAUCUAAACCAAAGCCAUCAAAGAAAGAGGCAGAACAAAGUGCAGCGGAGGAGGCACUAAAGUUUCUAGGAAAUGAAGAUGUGGAGGUUUCCAAUGAAAAGAAUGAUUCCCCGUCAACUGAGCAUCAGGUCAUGGAUAAUAAGUUGACUCAACAAAAGGACAAAAACUAUAAAAAUUUGUUACAGGAAAAAGCACAGAAGAAGAAGAUCCCAAACCCUAUUUACAAUUCAGAGAAAAAGACAGAUGCUGGGUUUUUGUCUGAAGUGAUGUAUGGUGGCCGAUGGUUCUCGCCAGAUACGAGUCCACAGAGUAAGAAGGUUGAUGCAGAACAGAAAGCUGCCCAGUUUGUGUUGGCUAUUUUGGACAGGUAUUUAAUGUAA